AUAUAAAUUGACAUCCCAAGUUGUGGUUUUUAAAGUUCUUCUCAAAUGAGGCUCUCUUCAGUUGGUUUUAGCCCUCAGCCCCAAGAAGGGGAGAAGAGAGUUUUGAAUUCUGAGCUUUGGCAUGCUUGUGCGGGUCCUCUUGUUUCUCUACCUGCUGUUGGAAGCCGUGUUGUUUACUUUCCACAAGGUCAUAGUGAACAGGUUGCUGCAUCGACGAACAAGGAAGUAGAUGCCCACAUUCCUAACUACCCUAGCUUACCUCCACAGCUUAUCUGUCAACUUCAUAAUGUGACAAUGCAUGCAGACGUUGAGACAGACGAAGUAUAUGCACAGAUGACUUUGCAACCGCUAAGUCCGCAAGAACAGAAGGAUGCCUACCUUCCAGCAGAGUUGGGGACUCCCAGCAAGCAGCCGACAAAUUACUUUUGUAAAACCUUGACGGCGAGUGACACGAGUACUCAUGGAGGAUUCUCGGUUCCUCGCCGGGCUGCCGAAAAAGUGUUCCCUCCCUUGGACUUCUCCCAACAACCACCGGCGCAAGAGUUAAUUGCAAGGGAUCUGCAUGAUAAUGAAUGGAAAUUUAGACAUAUCUUUCGUGGCCAGCCCAAAAGGCACCUCCUUACAACUGGGUGGAGUGUUUUUAUUAGUGCUAAGAGACUUGUUGCCGGUGACUCGGUGCUUUUCAUCUGGAAUGAAAAGAAUCAGUUACUCCUUGGCAUUCGACGAGCGAACAGGCCACAAACUGUGAUGCCUUCAUCAGUUUUAUCAAGUGAUAGCAUGCACUUGGGCCUUCUUGCUGCUGCUGCUCACGCAGCUGCAACGAAUAGUCGUUUCACCAUUUUUUAUAACCCAAGGGCUAGCCCUUCAGAAUUUGUCAUUCCCCUGGCCAAGUACGUUAAAGCUGUUUAUCAUACUCGUGUCUCUGUCGGAAUGCGCUUUCGAAUGCUGUUUGAAACAGAGGAAUCUAGUGUUCGGCGUUACAUGGGCACGAUAACUGGCAUAGGCGAUCUAGAUCCUGUUCGGUGGCCUAAUUCACAUUGGCGCUCAGUAAAGGUGGGCUGGGAUGAGUCUACAGCAGGAGAUAGGCAGCCCAGAGUUUCCCUGUGGGAGAUUGAACCAUUAACGACGUUCCCCAUGUACCCCUCACCAUUUCCUCUCAGGCUUAAGAGACCUUGGCCGCCUGGUUUGCCCGCUUUCCAUGGUAUCAAGGAAGAUGAUCUUGGCAUGAACUCUCCACUUAUGUGGCUUCGAGGAGAUUAUGGAGACCGUGGGCUUCAAGCUAUGAAUUUUCAGGGAAUCGGGGUCACGCCGUGGAUGCAGCCAAGGGUUGAUGCUUCCAUGCUUGGCCUGCAACCCGAUAUGUACCAAGCUAUGGCUGCUGCUGCACUCCAAGAAAUGAGGGCAGUGGAUCCUUCAAAACCAAUCCCCACAUCCCUUCUGCAAUUCCAACAAACCCAAAAUCUCCCUAGCAGGUCUGCUUCGUUAAUGCAGCCCCAGAUGUUGCAUCAAUCUCAAACUCAGCAACCCUUUCUUCAAGGUGUGCCGGAAAACCAGCCCCAGCCCCAGCCCCAAACACCGCCGCACCUUCUUCAGCAACAAUUGCAGCAUCAGCAUUCCUUUAAUAAUCAGCAGCUGCAGCAGCAGCAGCCUCAGCCGUCGCAACAGCAGCAGCUGGUUGAUCACCAGCAGAUUCCGAGUGUAGUCUCUCCAAUGUCUCAUUAUUUGUCAGCUUCUCAAUCGCAAUCACCGUCUUUGCAAGCCAUCUCUUCAAUGUGCCAACAACCAAAUUUUUCUGAUUCAAACGGUACUGCUGUGACCAGUAGUAUUGUUUCUCCCCUGCACAGUAUCUUGGGCUCAUUUCCACCACCUGAUGAAGCGUCCCACCUGCUCAACCUGCCGAGGAGCAAUCUUUCUUCUGCAGUCUGGCCAUCAAAGCGAGCUGCAGUUGAACCUCUUAUUGCUGCUGGACCUACUCAGUGUGCUCUUCCCCAGGUGGAACAACUGGGGCCACCACAGACAAAUCUCUCCCCGAAUUCUGUCUCAUUGCCACCCUUUCCUGGCAGGGAAUGCGCUAUUGACCAAGAAGGGAAUACUGAUCCACAAAGCCAUCUUUUAUUUGGUGUUAAUAUAGAACCCUCAUCUCUUCUAAUGCAGAAUGGGAUAUCAAACCUUAGGGGAGUUGGCAGCGAAAGCGACUCCACGACCAUACCGUUUCCUUCUUCUAGCUAUAUGAGUACCACAGGAACCAAUUUUUCACUCAACCCUGCGGCAAUAGCACCUUCCAGCUGCAUUGAUGAAUCGGGUUUCCUGCAGUCUCCAGAAAAUGCAGGCCAAGGAAACAACCCAAACAGAACCUUUGUUAAGGUUCACAAAUCAGGGUCCUUCGGGAGGUCAUUAGAUAUCACCAAGUUCAGCAGCUACAAUGAGCUGCGCGGUGAGCUCGCUCGCAUGUUUGGCCUUGAAGGCGAGUUGGAGGACCCUGUGAGAUCAGGCUGGCAGCUUGUAUUCGUUGACCGGGAGAAUGAUGUUCUUCUGCUCGGGGAUGACCCCUGGCCGGAGUUCGUGAAUAGUGUGUGGUGUAUCAAAAUACUUUCACCACAAGAAGUGCAGCAGAUGGGCAAACGAGGCUUGGAACUUCUCAACUCAGUCUCUAUUCAGAGGCUCGCCAAUAACAGUUGCGACGAUUAUCCAAGCUGUGAAGAUUCAAGAAAUUUGAGCUCCGGAAUUACGUCAGUGGGGUCACUCGACUACUGAACAAUUUAACCGGUUAAGAUACCCUUUCUCUUUUCUGUAAUAUAUAAGCAUAUUUCCCAAACCUUUCCGAGGUAGGGAACAACUGCCUAAUUCUAGCUUUAAGAAGCUUACUUUACAAGUUAAAUACUGUAAGUAAUUGAUAUACACAUAUUUUUUGUUAUCUUAUCCUAUUGAGAAUUCAUAUUUAAUAGAUGUUAGGAGAUCAGUGUUUGUGAAGUUAGCUGAUCUUUUUUUAUCAU